AUGGUCAAGUUUUUCCUAUGGAAGGCAGCAAAUGAGUUAUUACCUACUAAGAGGAAUUUGUUCUAUAGAAAAAUUGUUGAGAAUCCUCUAUGCCCUAUCUGUUUCAGAGAUGAAGAAUCGGUUAUACAUGCACUUUGGAAAUGCCCUGCAGCAAACGAUGUAUGGGCAAAUGGCUUGAGUGGUAUACACAAGUGGAAGAGGGAGGGUGUUGAUCUGCUAACAUUACGGGGAAAGAUGAUGAAAGUACUCGAGAAAGCUAAGUUAGAAGAGGCAGCUGUUAUUCUUAGGAAAGUCUGGCAGAGAAGAAACACCUUCGUUUUUUAUAAUAGACUCACAUGCCCAAGAAGACUGUUAUCCACUGCCAUUGAGACACUGGAGGAUUUCAAGAAAGAAAAUGGAAGGGUUAUUACUGAAGAUCAACAGGCUAUUGUGCUUGUUAAUAAGUCUAAAUGGGUUCGACCUGCAGCAGAUUUUGUGAAGGUUAAUUGGGAUGCAUCCUUGGACUUGAAGAACAGAAGAAUGGGGAUGGAGAUAAUCAGUAGAAAUGAAGAGGGAGAGGCACUGCUUGGGGUGUGUGAUAGUAGAAUGAAUGUAUAG